AGUUUUUAGUUAGCGGCCAAUUGACUCCCAUUCACUCAUUGAAGGAGAGCUCUCCUUGUCCAAGAAUCGCCCAGAAGGCACCGCGCUGUCCAUUGACGUAGCAUGGGCAACGUGCACAAUGGUCGUUAAUACGAUUUCAAUGGAGUUUCCUAGCUCUUAAAAAGUAUCUCUGGUGUUAUACACCACUGUUGGAUGAGAGCGUUUUGUGAUUCUCGCAGUGCAGCGUGGGAUAGCGGAGGCGCAACCGACCGAGAGAAAUGGAUGUGUUUCUGAUGAUCCGGCGUCACAAGACGACCAUCUUCACUGAUGCCAAAGAGUCCACUACGGUCUACGAGCUGAAGCGCAUAGUGGAGGGUAUCCUAAAGAGGGCACCGGAGGAACAGAGGUUGUACAAGGAUGACAUGUUGCUGGAGGAUAGUAAGACUCUUGGAGACUGUGGCUUCACAAAUCAGACAGCCAGACCUCAGGCCCCAGGGACUGUUGGAUUAGCUUUCCGUCUCGGUGAUGAUGCAUUUGAGCAGCUGAGGGUUGAGCCCUUCUCCAGCCCCCCAGAGCUUCCUGAUGUCAUGAAGCCUCAGGACUCUGGCAGCACAGCCAAUGAGCAGGCUGUGCAGUGAAGGAAGCAGGGAGGGGGGGCGGGGGGGGUCUGGGAAGUGGUGCUUUGGAUUAGGUAGGCUGGCUUUACAGACUGCUUUAGGGUAACAUGCGAGUGUACCGGUGAGAUCUUUAACUUUGCAGGAAGAACAUGAAUUCUCUCUCACACAGAGUAUUUUCAUGUUAUUCCUGAACUAGCCUCACGCAUGUUUAGAUUCACUCACAAGAUCCCUCAACAAACAUUUCUAAUUUGUCAGGCCACUGUCAGUAAGGGGGUUGGGGGAAAAAUGAAAAGUACCUCCUAAUUUAAUUCAUACUAGGCUUUUGGAGGGUGUAGCCUGUGUUUUGGCUUGGUGGGGAUUUGAGAAGGGAGUGGCUAUUACAUUUUUAGAAUGCCCUCUUGCUGAUUGCUUUUUUUUCUUUAUUCAAUAUUAAUAUUACAAUUUAGCGUUUUUUUUAAUUACUCCUUGGUGGUAGUAUGUGGAGCAACAAACGGUUUGUGAGUUUGUUAUUAGCUUAUCUAGAUAACAUACGCAUGAAUGGAUCUAUAAUAAACACACAAACAUGUUGAUGCCAUGACAUAAAAUGUAUAGCAGAACACAUGUACUUGCACACACGGAUGGACACACACACAGAAUGGUGUGAAGAUUUACAAUCGUCAGUUUUUAUUUCAGUGUAAAGGUAUUAAGCUUUCCCACUAUCUGGUUUUUGUUUGCUUGUUUCUUUACCUUUGAACCUUUGCACUGGAGUUCCUGUGUAAUUUUCUCCCCUUGAUUCUCUAUACAAAACUGUACCAAUUUGACCCCCCCCCCCCCCCCUCCCUCUUUUUUUUGGGCUGAAGUGUAAAAGGAAACCUUCAGGGGAAAGAGACAGGCAGGAAUCACUAAUCUUUUGUGAUAAACAAGCAUGAAGGUACAAAUUACUGGUGUUGAAUUGAAAUAGGUGUAAACUCUCAAUUAGAUUCAACAACCUGACUAGGGUGGUUGUCAUGCCCUUUUUUUUAAGAUAUGAUGGAAAUGGUUCACCAACAAGCUCUUUUAAAACAGGACUUUAUGAAACAAGCAACACCUGUAAUUGUCUUGAGUUGACAUUAAAAAAAAAAAAACAUUUUCUUUGUCACCUCCUGUGUGGUAUAUUGCUAAUGGACUCUGUGAAAGAUGUUGUGCCAUUCACUUUACUUGGUAUUUGUCAUUCAUAUGGUGAAAUAAAAUCAGUUCAGUGAAAUUUGAA